AUGUCGAAACGCUUCUCGACCGCUGAUGUCGCGUCGCACAAGACAGCGAGCGAUCUGUGGAUCAUCGUAGACAAGGACGUCUAUGAUCUCACGAACUUCCAGGAGGAGCACCCAGGAGGCAAGAAGAUCCUCCAACGCGUCGCCGGAAAGGACGCCUCGAAGCAGUUCUGGAAGUACCACAAUGACAGCAUCCUUAAGAAGUACCAGAAGCAGCUACAAGUCGGAUCGCUAGACAGCAAAGCCGCGCCUCCAGCUCCUCCAGCUACUGCUGCGCCCGAGCAGAAGAAGGCGCCGAAGAAGGAUGUGGUCAAGCCAGAGGCCAACUCCGGUGUUAUUGCGCCACAGCCAACCGAGGCUGCCGCUGAGGAGUCGGAGCCUUUCGAUGCCUACGGCGACCUCAUCCCAUACGCAGACCCAUCAUGGUACCAAACAUACCACUCGCCCUACUACAACGAUACCCACGUAGCCCUCCGCGAUGAAGUCCGCCAAUGGGUCGAGGAGAAACUCAUGCCCAACGUCACCGAAUGGGACGAAGCGAAGAAGGUGCCCGACGAGAUCUUCCAGGAAAUGGGCGAGCGCGGAUACCUCGCUGGUAUGCUCGGCAUGCACUUCCCUACAGAAUACACAGAUAAGCGGGUCCAAUGUGUGCCGACAGAGAAGUGGGAUCACUUCCACGAGAUGAUCAUCACCGAUGAGCUGUCAAGGACAGGCAGUGGUGGUCUCGUCUGGGGCCUGAUCGGAGGAUACGGAAUUGGCGGACCUCCUCUGUUCAAGUUCGGCAAGAAGGAGCUCGUCCAGCGCAUUGGACCAGACCUAUUGAGCGGAAAGAAGAGAAUCUGCCUCGCCAUCACUGAGCCAGAUGCUGGUAGCGACGUCGCGAACCUGACCUGCGAAGCCAAGCUCUCCGAAGACGGCAAACACUACAUCGUAAACGGCGAGAAGAAGUGGAUCACCAACGGUAUUUGGUCCGACUACUUCACAACCGCUGUCCGCACUGGCGGAGAGGGCAUGAACGGUGUGUCGGUGCUCCUAAUCGAGCGCAGCGCCGGUGGUGUCUCCACUCGUAAGAUGGACUGUCAAGGUGUAUGGAGCAGCGGCACUACCUACGUUACCUUCGAGGACGUCAAGGUCCCCGUCGAGAACCUCAUUGGCAAAGAGAACCAGGGCUUCAAGGUUGUCAUGACAAACUUCAACCACGAGCGUAUCGGCAUCAUCAUCCAAUGUCUGCGCUUCGCCCGCGUCUGCUACGAGGAGAGCGUCAAGUACGCACACAAGCGCAGAACUUUCGGCAAGCGUCUCAUCGACCACCCCGUCAUUCGCCUCAAGCUCGCGCAUAUGGCACGUCAGAUCGAGGCAAGCUACAACUGGAUGGAGAACCUCAUCUACCAGUGCCAGAAGAUGGACGAGAUGGAGGCUAUGCUGAAGCUUGGUGGCGCUAUUGCCAGUUUGAAGGCGCAAAGUACCACAACCUUCGAGUUCUGUGCUAGAGAGGCAAGUCAGAUCUUCGGUGGUCUGAGUUACAGUCGUGGUGGGCAAGGCGCGAAGGUCGAAAGGCUAUACAGGGAUGUCAGGGCUUACGCUAUCCCUGGUGGAUCGGAAGAGAUCAUGCUUGAUCUGAGUAUCAGGCAGGCGCUGCGGGUGCACAAGGUGCUGGGUAUGAAGCUGUAA